AUGGCGGCUCUCUCAGUCACGUGGAAAGACGGCAGUGACGCCCACACCUACGAGAAGGCCCGGAUCGGGCGGGUUUUCAACCAUCGCAGGCCCAACAGAUACCCGAUCGCUGUCGUGGAAGCCACGGAAGAGUCGCAUAUCGCCCAGGCGGUCCGUCUCGCCAAGGAAAAGAAUUGCAGGCUCUCGGUUCGAUCGGGUGGCCAUUCCUGGGCUGCGUGGAGUGUCAGAGACGAUGCCAUUCUCCUUGAUCUUGGCCAGUACAAGCAUAUCGACCUCGACGAGACGACUGGAAUCGUCAAAGUUUCCCCAAGUACAACUGGCCGUAUUCUCAAUGGCUUCCUCUCGACCAAAGGCCUCCUCUUUGCUGGGGGCCAUUGCCCUGACAACUGGGGUUGGGCCUGCGAGCAGGUUGUUGGGGUCGAUGUUGUAACAGCCGAUGGCCAGCAGCUUCACUGCACCGAGACUGAGAACAGCGAACUGCUCUGGGCAGCCCGCGGUGCAGGCCCAGGAUUUCCAGCCGUUGUUACGAAAUUCCAUCUCCAGACGCGGCCUUCAUACAGCUGUAUGCGGUCGUCAGCGUACAGCUACGCAAAUGCCGACUUCAAGAAGGCGAUGAACUGGAUCCUCAGCAUUCAUGAGGCUUAUGAUCCCGAUACUGAGGUGGUCCUUGUUGCAAGUUAUCCGCCUGGCUCUGACGUCAUUGUCCACACUGUCCUCUUCGUCACCUUCAAGAACGACCCUGAGGAAGCUAGACAAGCGCUGCAGCCGGCCCACGACAGCCACCCAUCCGGCACAGUCAACGAAUGGUUCAACAAAGCGACUGAUCUGCCCGACCAGUACAAAGAUCAAGGUGCAGCCAAUCCAGAAGGCCACCGCUACCGGGUUGACAAUGCCUACAUAUCCAACGGCGCCGACGUCGCUACGGUUCUGGAGGAGGCCUUCACCACGCUUCCGACGAAGAAGACAUUCUCGCUGUGGUACUCCAUGGCACCAGGCACGCGGCGGCCGCUGAAGGACAUGGCGCUGAGUAUGCAGACGGAUCACUACUUCGCAACCUACGCCAUCUACGAAGAUUCCAAAGAAGACGAGAAGGCAAGUAACUGGGUCAAGAGCGUCAUGGCAGGCGUCGAGAAACACUCUGAAGGCGCAUAUCUCGGCGACUCAGACUUCCAGGUGCGGAGGACGAGGUUCUGGGGCAAGGAGCAAGGCACCAAGCUUAUGCAACUGCGCAAGAAGUGGGAUCCAGAAGGCAGGAUAUGCGGGUACCUCGACCAGGGGGACAGGUCGAGGCAGAAUGGCCUGGAAAAUGUGCACGAAUGGUCUCCUAAGCUGUAG